UGAACGCAGCCUAUGUACCAAUGGCAAUGUUACCUCCUGAUCCAAUAUACGUUUUUCGGAGUGAUAUGGGCAGUGUCCAUACUAUUCUUUUUGAAGUAACUUCCAAUAUAGAACAUCUGUAUGCGGGUACUGCAACUGGCAAUGUUCAUAUUUGGGAUUUAAAAACAAAUCGAGAAAAAGGUCAGAUCAAAUCAGGACAGGAGUGUUGUAUAAGUUUGCAAAGCUUAGAUAAAGAAGAUUUAUUUGUACAACAUAAAUAUGGUUUGAUAAAGGCAUAUAAAAAAUGUGAAUCACAGUGGAACGAGUACAAGUCAAUUGUUGUAGACUUUUAUCAUUAUUGCAGGUUUCAAACACUUUCUCAGAAAGAACUGUUAGUACCACUUAAGGAAUCCAAAGUUGGAAUAUUAUCUACCGAUACAUUUAAUGUGGAACUGCAACUGAGUCCAAUAAAUUUUGAAAAUUUAGGAGAAGUAAUGGUAAUGAAAUCAUUGACAAAUAAAAAUUUGGUUUUAGUUGGCUAUGAAUGUGGUAAGUUAAUUCUAUGGGAUGUUAGGCAAAGAAAGACUUUAAAUUAUUUAACAAUAGAGCCAUAUCCAAUGGCUUUGGACUUUGAUAGUACUUUAAUGAAAGGAAUUAUUGCUGGCCCUUCUGAUCAGUUACAGGUAUUCACUUUAUUAGACAAUCAUAUAUUGUGUGAUCAAACUAAAAUUACGUUAACAAAUUCUGGUACUUCUGUGAUCACUAUUAGACCUGAUAUUAAGAUUGUAGCAAUUGGAGGAUGGGACAACCGUGUUAGAAUAUAUGCGUGGAAAAAUUUAAAACCAUUAGCUGUUUUAAAUCAGCAUAGAGAUACUGUACAAGAUAUUGCGUAUUCUUUAAAUACGGUAAAAACAUAUGAUGAUAAAUGUUUAAUGGCUACAGCUGCAAAAGAUGGAUACAUUGCAUUAUGGAACAUUUAUAACUGAAUUUACAUGACAUAUAACUAAUUAAACUAAGAUUGUAGGGAAUGUAAGCAA